CCGUUGGGUGACAAAGUCUCUCUGCAGCCAAUUGGAGUUAAGGCUCCGCUUUUAUAUAAAGUCGGUGUGAGUUGGUGUUUCAUGAUUAUUGACCAUGGAAAUUUAUAUGCUGCCUCUACUUUUGUUGAGUGUCCUGGUCCUUACAGAGACCUGGGCUGGCUCUCACUCCUUGAAGUAUUUUUACGCCGUAAUGUCUCGACCCGAGCUAGCAAAACCAAAGUUCAUCUCUGUAACCUACGUGGACGAUCAGCAGGUCUUGAGCUUUGACAGCGACCACGAGAGUCAGAGCCCAGCGCCCAGGACGCCGUGGAUCCAGCCCGACUACUGGGAGCGGGAGACAGAGAUCUUCAGGGAAGCCACUGAACGUUACCGAGUAUGCCUGCGGAAAGUGUCUGGGGACUACAACCAUAGUGAGGGAGGGGUUCAUACAUUCCAGCAACUGUCGGGAUGCGAGGUAUUCUCCAACGGGAGCUUCAGCCGCGGCUUCGUGCAAUACGCCUACGACGGGCAGGACUUCUUAGCUCUGGAUACCGAGACUCUGCGUUGGAUUGCCGGGAACGCAGGGGCCCUAAACCAUAAGCUCGAGCUGGAAGCAGAUCAAAGCUUUACGAAAUAUUGGAAGGGCUAUAUAGAGGAGGAGUGCGUGUACUGGCUUCACAGAUACCUGGAGAAUGGAAAGGAGACACUGCUUGGGACAGAUCCACCCUUUCUACAAGUGACCAGACACACAAGUGCUGACGGAGAAGUGACCUUGCAGUGCCGGGCCCAGGGCUUUUAUCCUGCAGAGAUCUCACUGACUUGGCUGAGGGAUGGGGAGGAACAGCUCCAGGAGACGGAGCUCAUUGAGACCAGACCUGCGGGAGAUGGGACCUUCCAGAAGUGGGCAGCUGUGGGGAUGCUCUCUGGAAGCGAACAGAAAUAUACCUGCCGAGUGCAGCAUGAGGGAUUACCUGAGCCAGUCUUCCUGAAAUGGGAGCCACAGUCCUCAUCCGUAGGGCUCUCGGUAGGGGUCACCACUGCUCUCCUCCUCCUCCUCGCUGCAGUCAUUGUUGGGGUUGUGAUCUGGAGGAAAAAUGCUUCAGGUAGGGAAAAGCGAAAGGGGCUCAGUAGGCGGCAGGCAUGAUGGGGAUUCUAGGUUGUCCCAUGCUAUAUCUGUCCC